CGGCGGCGGCGGCGGCUUCUUGUGCUGCGCGGGGUCUGGCCUGCCUGUCCGGAGCGAUGGCGGCGGCCGCGGAGUCGCCCCGCGGAGGCCCCCCGAGCGGGGCGGCGACGGCGGCGCCUUCGAGCAACCCGGUGCCCAUGACUCUGUUUGCGGCCUGGGAAAUGGAUGGCUCCGGCCCGAUCUGCGUCCCUCGGUUGUGCAGCUUGACUUUGAAGAAACUGGUGGUGUUAAAAGAACUGGAUAAAGAUCUCACUUCUGUGGUAAUUGCGGUCAAAAUGCAGGGUUCAAAGCGAAUAUUACGGUCUCAUGAAAUUGUUCUGCACUCAAACGGCCACACGGAAACCGAACUUGCGCUGACCUUUUCCCUACAGUAUCCCCAUUUCUUGAAAAGAGAAGGCAAUCAGCUUCAGGUCAUGCUGCAGAGAAGGAAGCGGUAUAAGAACAGAACGAUCCUGGGGUACAAGACUCUGGCAGGAGGAUCAGUUAACAUGGCUGAGGUAAUGCAGCACCCAACAGAAAGCGGCCAAGUUCUGAGCCUUUUCAGCAGCAUCAAGGAAGCAAUAACCAAAGUAGCGGAGAUCUGGAUCUUCUCGUUGUCCAGUCAGCCGAUAGACCAAGAAGAAAGCACUGUGCCGACCAGUCAGAAAGCAAAGUCAUCAGACAACUAUUCGGAUGAGGAAUAUGAAAGUUUCUCUUCUGAACAAGAAGCAAGUGAUGAUGCUGUGCAGGGGCAGGAUUUGGAUGACGACGACUAUGAAUUGGGGAAGCCAAGGAAGCAGCGGAGGUCGAUUGUAAGAACACCGUCCAUAACCAGGCAGCAAAACUUCAAGCAAAAAGUGGUGGCAUUGUUGAGAAGAUUUAAAGUCUCAGAAGAGGUUUUUGAUUCCGAGCAGGAUCCAACUGAGCAUGUCCCAGAAGUGGAAGAAGACCUUGACCUUCUGUACGACACCCUCGAUAUUGACAAUCCCAGCGACAGUGGCCCCGACAUGGAAGACGACGAAAGUGUUCUCAGCACUCCAAAGCCAAAGUUGAAGCCCUACUUUGAAGGCAUGUCUCACUCAAGCUCUCAGACAGAAAUUGGGAGCCUCCACAGCGUUAGAAGCCAGAAAGAGCCACCCAGUCCUGAGAACCUUCAGCAAGAGGACUCCCUGGAAACGGAACAAGUUUCUUCAUUGGAUAUCUUCCUUGAAAAGCUUCCACCGAGUGGCAGAAUGACAAAGACAGAAUCUCUCAUCAUUACUUCCGUUAGGUCGGAGGGAAAGCAGACGGGUCGCAGGGGAAGAAGCACAUCACUGAAAGAAAGGCAGCCGGCAAGGCAGCAGAACGAACGAGCGAACAGUCUAGACAACGAACGGUCUCCAGACACCAGGCACCAUUUGCAGAUCCCUAGGAAAACUGUGUACGACCAACUGAAUCACAUCCUGAUCUCAGAUGACCACCUCCCAGAAAACAUUAUUCUUGUCAAUUCUUCCGACUGGCAAGGACAGUUUCUUUCAGAUGUCUUGCAAAAACACGCUCUUCCAGUUGUUUGCACAUGCUCGCCUGCUGAUAUUCAAGCAGCUUUUAGCACUAUUGUCUCCAGAAUACAGAGAUACUGCAACUGCAACUCUCAGCCUCCCAACCCAAUUAAAAUUGCAAUUGCUGGAGCCCAGAAUUACCUCAGCGCUGUGUUGAGACUCUUUGUAGAACAUCUAUCUCACAAAACUCCGGACUGGCUCAGCUACAUGAGGUUUCUCGUCAUACCAGUGGGGACUCACCCAGUAGCACAGUAUCUGGGCUCAGUUGAUUACCGAUAUAACAACUUCUUCCAAGAUCUGUCCUGGAGAGACUUGUUUAACAAGCUUGAAGCUCAAGGUGCUGUUCAGGAAUCGCCAGAUAUUGUCUCCAGAAUAACCCAGUAUAUAGCAGGAGCAAACUGUGCCCACCAGUUACCAAUUGCAGAGGCCAUGUUGACAUAUAAGCAGAAAAGGAAAAAGAACUUUCAUUUUGAUUUUAAUGUAAGCCCCAAUGAAGAAUCUUCUCAGAAGUUCAUUCCUUUCGUAGGGGUGGUAAAGGUUGGAAUAGUUGAACAGUCCUCAACAACGUCAGGUGACUCGGAUGAUGCAGCUCCCUGUAGUUCACGUAUCAUUUCCUCUACUCCGCCUUCUGUGUCUCCUGCCGUGAAGGACUGUUCCCCUACCCCACCUUCUUCACCGUCUGUCACGGGCAGCUUUUCUUCUUCCAGCCAGAGCUUUGGCAUGGAGUUGAUGGGACUACAAGUGGAUUACUGGAUUGCAACUCAUCCCAUGGAGAAGAAGAGAGACCUAGAGAAAAGAGAUCCCUCUACUGCUAAGAACACCCUGAAAUGCACUUUCCGGUCUCUCCAGGUCAGCCGGCUCCCUGCAAGUGGGGAAGCGGCUUCCACUCCAACUAUGUCGAUGACGGUGGUCACGAAGGAGAAGAACAAAAAAGUGAUGUUUCUGCCCAAGAAAACAAAAGACAAGGAAUUUGACGCUAAGAGCCAGUGUAUUGAAGGGAUCAGUCGGCUGAUUUGCACCGCCAAGCAUCAGCAAACCAUGUUACAGGUCUGGAUUGACGGCGUGGAAUGGAAUGACGUGAAAUUCUUCCAGCUAGCAGCACAGUGGUCCUCUCAUGUCAAGCACUUCCCCAUCUGCAUUUUUGGGCAUUCCAAAUUUUAACGUGGCUGCGUUCGGAGAACCAUUUUGCCAGCAACACCACCUGAGUGCCAACUGUUAGUGCUCUCGUGAAAUCCCUUACAGAUGCGUUUGGAUUGCCGCUCAAUCCCUUUCCUGCUCGUUUUUCAGUUGGCUGCAAGGGGAAACGGCACUUAACAACAGCUGCAAGCCCGUCCUGUGUCUAGACGUCCAACUAAAACCCAUAAAAAGAUCCACCCGAUGGAGUUUGCACUCAACUAACUUUUCGGUACAACUUUGACCACUAAAUGUGAAAUACCAUUCGUAAUGCUUUUACAACAUUACAUUGCCAAAAAGUAGGUCCAGGCAAAAGUAGCUGGUGUCCAGCUUUCUAUUCAGGUGUCUUUCACAGUGGCAUCCAUAUCAGUACACCAAAGCACAGACCACCAUCCAGGUACUGCAUUCCUUCCGUUUUAUUUCCUCAUUAGUUUGGAGCACCCUGUUUACCUGACCGUAAGACUGGGUUUGUUUCCAAAUGUGCCAUCAAGAAAAAAAAAGAAGGCAUCUUAGAUCUGCAUAGAGGUUACAACUAUGUACAGUAAUGAACUACUGUGUAUAACUAUUUUUUAAAGCAGGAUUGUCUUCCAUUCAUAUAAAUGCUGCACAUUAACCAUCUUCCCUGUACUCUACCGUUGCUCUUCUUGCACACUGUAUGAAUCUUGUUUUGGGGGUGGGGGGUGGGUGCUUUGAAGGAUACGUCCAAGUUCCCUUUGACUUGCCCAGACUGUGCAAGGAAUCCUAAAAGAAGACAUCCCCAACGAAUAUGAAAUGCACACCUCUUGCUGUAAAAUAUCAUAAUGUGGGUCUCUAAAUACAAGGCAGGUUGGAGAGGGAUAACAGGGCGUUCAGAACUCAGAAUGCUUGCGGGAGCCUUUCCCACCUGGCCCCAGAGAGUCUUCACCUCCGUUUAUGAUCUCGUUAAAGCCCAGCCUAUUCAAACUUAGUUUUUCCUACUGUUCAGUAAUUAUCUAGCUCUGUGUAGACUAAUUUCCCUGUAAUCGACAGUCAAAAACUGUUAGGGGCUGACAACUCUUCAUUCGCUUUGAAAUGUCCAGCUUGCUGAGAGCUACCCCUUGGGUAGAGCAGAUCAGGUCAGCUGCUGCAAGUUUCAGACUUUGAGGGCUCUACACUUCAGUGCCACGCUGUUGAGGGAGGUGUUUGGGGAGGCUGGUAUGCAGGCCAGUGGUCUGAAGGCAAGCCACCAGAGAUCCAGAAACAAAGGCCCCUUCCGCACAUGCAAAAUAAUGCGUUUUCAAACCACUUUCACAACUGUUUGCAAGUGGAUCUUGCUAUUCCACACAGCUUCAAAGAGCACUGAAAGCAGUUUGAAAGUGCAUUAUUCUGCAUGUGCGGAAUGAGCCAAAGCUAGCUGCCAUAUAUGAUGGCUAUGGCCAUCUGGCACGAGCCGCAAGAGUGACAAGAGCUGGAACGGCAGGCAUUGCAACGUCAUUCCCAGACAUCAGGAUGGCCAUGCUUUGUUGUGAAUUGGGGACCUGUACAGGCUGACCUGUCAGAGGCCCCACACAGCUUGUCCUUCCUUGUACCGGAUAAAACAGGGUCUGUGGGCUGGAGGCAUCAGUUGACCGCUCAUCUCCCUUUUGAAAAGCGAGUGCUGUGGAAAACCUCGGCAAAGCCACUCCCGUGUGUUGUGCGCCAUGUCUGAGGAUUGCCUCUUUGCUUCCGCUUCUGGAAGUUGGUGUUCCUGUUUGAUUAAGUCCUUUCAGAAAGAAACAGCUCCCUGCACCCUAACCAUAAGGCCCGGUCAUGGAAAUCUGCCUUCCUACUCGAUGAUAGCCGCCUGCGGUGUGUUAAGCACAGAGGCUCCGGUGAUGUGAAAUUAAGCGAACCUGACCGGAUGACUUAGCAGACACCUCUCAGAUACUUGGGAGUGGUUUUCUAAUCACUCACCCCAGAACGAAAAACAGCAGCUCGCAUCUCGGCACUGUACAUGCUCCUAUCAACUGUUGAGGGAGACAGGGUUUUUAGGGGAAUAAACAGUGGGGGUACUUGCGGCAGGCAGGGAGAAACAGUGUUUGGCAAAUGCAGUGACAAAGCUUAUUCUCUCCCUUGGGCAUCCGUGCGAAGUGUUUUCUAGUGUGGUACUAGAGGUUCAUUUCCCACCACUAAAGUGUGAGUCUCUGUGUUCUUGAGUGUGCAUGGCAAGACCAUUGUCCUUAACGUCUGAGCUGCGUAUGCCUCCCAUAGUGACCUCAUUGUCACAGCAUUAGCAUGGCACCAGCACACCAAGACUCCUGAGUCCCUCCAGAUGCAAUGGCAUAACUUCAGACAUCUGCCGCUGUGGUGCUUUGGCCUCAUCUGAAACCCUUUUGAGCCAGGGCCUCGGAGGGGGCUGAAAGACACCUUGCUCCUUCCCGCAUGAAAAGUUGCCGAGCCAAGUCUCCUUCAUUCUGUACUUGUGCCUUUGACUUUUAGGAUGGAAAGAUGGAUGUGGCAGCAUUGAGAAGGGCCUUGAAUUAGGGGUCCCCCAGAUACCUUACACCACUUAGCACUCUGUGACCCAAGAAUCACGGUCAAAGCACAUGUUAUCUGUUGUUGACUUUGUGGUCCUCAGGUCCACUUGUUCUCAUAUGUGCAGGUCAAUUCUUUGAUAUGGUUUUUUACAGAUACUUGCAAUAUUCUUGGCAACAUAAAUCAUGUUCUUUUGUGUACUUCUGAUCACUGUACUUAGAGCCAACUGUAGCAUAUCUGUUAGCCAUGGUGACUAAAUACCGGUGCUGGGAAGUAGCAUUGGGGAAACCCUUGGCCUUUAUGCCCUGCUAGUUGGCCACUGUGUGAAACAGGGUGCCUGGACUAGGUGGACCACUGGUAGUCCAUGUAGGCUCUUCUGAUGUUCUUACAUGUUCUUAUGAUUUCUAUAAUUCCUGAUGACUGUUUACAUCUCAUUGCUUUCUGCUGAGUGAACCUUGAGAGCAUCUGUACUUCUGGAACCAGAGAUUCAAAUUUGUUCUCUGCAGAAAAUUUUGAGGCACUGCAAUUAUUGACAACCUUUUGAAAUUGUUGUGAUAGAGAUGGAUGAUGUUCCUCCUCCUACGUUGUUUAGCAACAGACCUUUGUGUUGUUCCUUGCUCCAGACUGAGUUGUCUCCACUAUCCAUGUGCUUGGGAGGCAACCAUUAGUGAUGCCAUAGUACCAUCCAGCGAUGUGGCUUCCGAUCUCGUGGAUUUCACAACAAGAACCAAAUUAAGCUAAGCAGUUCUUGCCAGGAGCGACAUACAAACUGUUCACUUGGAGUACUGAGCAAUGUCUUAUUGAGCCAACAGAUGCAGACUGAAGUAUCGGUACCUAUAUUUUAACUGGAUCUUUCUAUGUUUGUUGUCUGUAUUAUCGAAACUCUACAACUUUGAAGGCAGGGCAACCUACGUGGAAAUUCUCAUUUGCUUUGAUAAAGGAAAACCUGUUCGUUUUCAAGGACUUCUGCUAUUGGAGUUCUGCAGGGGUAUUUUUCUGAAUGCUGAAAUAGCAGUACAGUUCACUGUAACGACGGCAAAGAUUCAGUCCUGAUAUACUCCUAGUGAAUCGUAAUUUUGUACAUGAUGCAAAUAUAGCACAAAAGUGCCUGUAUGAGGAGUUUAGUGGGGAAAAAAUCUACUUGGGCAGUACGAUAAGCAUGUCAUUCCCUCUUGUAAGGUAAAAAAAAAAGUUCUUCACAAGCUGGUCAGUUUCCCUUUGUUCUUGCCCUGGACAGCAUCUUACAAGUGAAUUUGCAAGUGGUCUGCAGUGGGCAAGUGCGAAAACCUGCCGAGCUCUUCUUUCCUUGAUCUGAGAUUGCAAAUGCCUUAGCAGACCAGGUGCUCGGGAGCAGCAGCAGCAGAAGGCCAUUGCUUUCACAUCCUGCAUGUCAGUUCCCAAAGGCACCUGAUGGGCCACUGCGAGUAGCAGAGUGCUGGACUAGGUGGACUCUGGUCUGAUCCAGCAGGCUCUUUCUUAUGUUCCUGUCUCCUAAGGUUGCCCCUUCUAAUAGGAAGCGGCUAUUAUCACUCCUAGUUCAGGAUCAGCUAAGCUCACCUGCAACCUUACGAGCUAUUUGGGAGGGCCCUGUAUCUCCUUAGGAGUGUAAUCAUUUUCUCGUCAGGAACCUGGGAUCUUGCAAGUGGUUGUGGUGUUCAGAUGUAUAUGGCAAUUCAAAACAACCUGUACGUGCUUACUCACUACACUGACAUGUUCUUCAGAAUUUAUAAACCAGAAUU